GUCUAUCCGUGUACUUACCGUGCAGCUGCGCGCGCCGUCAGAAGUGGGUCGGCUCGGUAUUAGCGGGCAUCGAACACUCACUUUGUCUCGUUCCAACUACGCAGGGGAAGCUUACCCUCCCCGCCCCCCUCCCUGAUAUCGUCCUCUUAUCCUUGUGUUACCACCUGGACAACAUGGCAGAGCUCCCAGCUUCCACUUCCUCUGAGGACGGCCCGCCGACUCGGUGGAAACGUUCCAGUCAGCGAGGCCGGAAGUCUGGAUGCCCCAACAUCUUCACAGGGGUCAACCUGCAGCAGCUGCACAGGCUGUUCAGAAAGGCCGGAGACCAAGACGCCGUACAUCGGGCGAAGCUUGUGUGGCGUGGGAUGAGUGCGGAGAAGCAGAGGGCAGAUGAAGCCAUGGAGGAGGAAGGGGGGGACGUGGAGGAAGAGGUGGGGCUGGCCCAGGCCUUGGUGGGGCUCCGUGUCAGAGCGAGGAAUAAAGCGGGUAUCAGAGCAGAAGCAAACAGAGACCAUAGGUGGCUCAGAACAUCAGGGUAUCUCAGGGUUGACGAGCCGUUACUCGGCUGCACUGUUGGGGACGAGGAGGCUGACGAAGUGCCGAGUUCGGGAGAGUUUGGGCCGACGGUUGAGGAAGACGCCCGAGAGAUCCAAAACCCUCUGAAAGCUUCCUCACCGAGGUUGGGAAUGGCAAGACGAGAGGGCUCCAGACACUGUGAACCCUACCUCCACCGCAUCCUCCACUAACCCGCCGAAGGAAUAAUGUGCAACAGCACAUGCUAGUUAAAGCUGGAAUACCACAUUGGUUCUGUUAGCCACUUCUGCUAACAUACUCUACAUGGCACUUUUAACACUUUUAAGUUGAUAGGGCAUCAGGAGUCAUUUAUUUGACCCCUUGAUAAACACAAGAUGAAUGUUGAAUAGUUGCUCCUUCCUUUGAGCUCCACUUUUGGUCUCCACCAACUCCUGAGGGAGAUAAGACUCUUUAGCUGCUAAAUGAUCUGCAUUGUACACUUGCUAUUUGCUAUUUCUGUAGUUGGUUCUGAUCAGGUAUUGUUAAGCGGAGCUUUGAGUUUUUGCUUAACCGCUGAUGAGAACUAAACCGUAAAGAUGCGGCCUUAAAAAACAAAACCAUGAAGUUGAAGAUACUGAAACUGUUUUGGCAGAAUUUAAAUCAGAGUGAGGAUUUGUU